CGUUGCUGCUCCCAGCUGGUUUGACGCAGAAGUCGCUGCACCGCUGCUCCGCUCCAGCUGUUCCACCGCUGUCCGCCCCUGCUGCUCGCCGCCGCCGCUUGCCCUCAUUUCUGAUGCAGCAGCGACCAUGACAGGCAUUGCCGCUGCUUCCUUCUUCUCCAACGCCUGCAGGUUCGGCGGCUGCGGGCUCCACUUCGACUCGCUGUCCGAGCUCAUCGUGCACAUCGAGGACAGCCACAUCGAUACGGACCCUGGUCUUCUGGAGAAGCAGGAGCAGCAGCAGCCGACAUAUGUUGCCCUCAGUUAUAUCAACAGGUUUAUGACAGAUGCUGCAAGGCGAGAACACGAGGCCUUGAAGAAGAAGGUGCAGCCCAAGUUGUCUCUGUCUCUGACAGGCAGUCUGUCACGCAGCAAUCUUUCCACACCUCCCCGCCACACCAGUGGAAACCUCACACCGCCAGUCACACCACCAAUCACCCCGUCCUCUUCCUUCCGCAGCAGCACACCUACAGGUAGCGAAUGUGAUGAAGAGGAGGUAGAGUUUGAGGAGUCUGACAGCGAUGAAUCGUGGACCACAGAGAGCGCCAUCAGCUCCGAGUCCAUCCUCAGCUCCAUGUGCAUGAAUGGAGGAGACGAGAAGCCUUUUGCCUGCCCUGUUCCGGGCUGUAAAAAGAGAUAUAAGAAUGUGAACGGGAUCAAGUACCACGCCAAGAACGGCCACCGAACCCAGAUAAGGGUGAGAAAACCCUUCAAGUGCCGAUGCGGGAAGAGCUACAAAACAUCUCAGGGUCUCCGUCACCACACCAUCAACUUCCACCCGCCCAUCUCUACCGACAUCAUCCGCAAGAUGCAGCAGUAGAUGCCAAGUCGACCCCACCAUCACCAGCAGUGGCUGUUUCUCAUUCCACCCCGUCCUCUCUCAUCCGUCAGCCCCAUUUCUUUCCCUCCUAUAUAUAUAUAUACACUUAGCUAUGACACUAAUUUUUUUGAUUGCAUGGUUUAAAUGUAUUAUUAUUCACUCUUAUUUUUCCAUUGAGAAUGUUGAAAUCGUUAUGUACUUCCCAGUUUUGUAUUUUGCACAUUUAAGCUAUCGUUUAUCUUCUUUGUUUUCUUUGACAUAUGGUGCUUGUUAUUGAUGAGGGCAUGUUGUAGACUACAGAAUGACCACAUCACAAGUAGCCUUGCAUGUACAGUAGGGCAUUCUGUUUAAAAGGGAAAGUUUGUUUUUUGAUGACAAAGGAGACACCAUAACCUGCUUUUGCCUAAAGUGUGACAAAGGCAACUGAAAAAUGAAUGUGUGCUGCAGCCUGAAAAUCAAAAAGCAUUUGUUUAGUCUCUAUCAGGCUUACUGUAGUUACUUUUCCUUUCAUAUCACGACAAUUCAAAACCCUUUUUUAUUAAAUCUCUUUUACUGCAACCACUAGUGUGUGUGAGCACCAAAGGAUUAUCUCAGGUGAUUUUUGCGAGCAUUUCAGCACCACAAUCCUGCCCAAAUGUUUUCAAAGUAUUUAUGCCGUUCAGUGGGAUCAUGGGAACUCUGUGCGUCCUCGUGCUCCCGAUCACUUUUCCUCAAGACCUACGCAGUUUUCCUUCCUUGCUGAUUUACAGUAAGGAACUGAAGCACUUUUUGUAAAAGUUGCCAAAUGAAAGAGCAUUUUCGCCAGUAUCUUGUUUCUAGUGUAUAUACAUUAAGUGUACUAUUGCACGUUCUACAAUCGAUUGCUCCAGGUGUUUUCAGUAUUGUGAGAUUUCUGUAUGAACAGUAGUUGCCUUGAAUUGUAAAACCAUUCCAAACAGUGCAGUAAAUCUUUGUAUGGCUUCAUUCUGACAGUUCAUACAAACUCAGACUGACUCCCUGGUCUGUUUGAUUAAUCCGUGCCAUGGAUAAUAGGAAAAGAGGAGGCUAACUUUGGCCAUAUAUUUAGCACACUGAUGUUCUCACCGUUUGGCUGUGAGAGAAACACAUGCAGUUCUUACUUUGUGCCAUAACAAUAUAACGUCAGUCAUCCGUGAAGACUUUAGAAUUAUAAUGAACCACAGAUAAAGCAACGUCACAGGAAUAGGAAUUACCAACACUGAGCCAUUAGGUAAAAUCUUCACAGCAUGGAUGUUAGUGUCUCAUAAACUACAGCCCAAUUAAGAAUUGUGGCAAUGUUAUUCUGCCAGUACGGAGAAAACUCUUUGAUAUAGUGUACAGUGAAUGUAUUGUCAUGUGUUAAGUGCAUUAAAUUAUAUUUUCAUAUGUUUCUGAGGUAAGAAAAACUACACUAUGUAUGAAAAUGUGUAUGAAAAGCUGAAAACCAGAGGUGGUGACGUACUGUAUUUCUUCUUCAAAAAAAAAAAGCUGCUUCAUGUAAACUUUUGUUACGUUUAGAAUAAAAGUUCCUCUGUU